CAGAAUAUGCGGCCAUAGUAAUAACAUGGCACCAUCGAUCAGAUGGAUCUGGCUAUUUAGAUAUGCAAGAGUCGCACGAUUGAUUUUAAUUUCGGAUCUAUUAAUUGCUUAGACAAAUAAACAAACAACUACCGGUCUCCAUUAAUCGUGGCCUGACUCUUCAAAACCCUUCAGCCCCUGCAUCUCAUCAUCACAUACCCCUUUCGUCCAGUUCAAUCUUCAACAUGACAGUCGAUCUAGAACAACAAACGUCCUCCCCUGCUCCUACGUUACACGACGAGCCGGCCGUCAUGGAGGACACACAGCGACAUGGUAUCAACUCAACAAUAUGGCAGGGCCGAAGAGGUCUUGUCGUUAAGAUCCUCACAGGAAUCAUGGUCGCCAUUCUCGUGAUAUUCCUCGCCGACCUUUCAUACGUCUUCGGCUCCACAUUCGAAGUCGGUAACCGAGUAUCAGGCCUGAAGAUUCUAGUCGUUGAUUAUGAUGGUGGUGCUGUUGGAGAAUCUGUCGCCAACGCAUACAAGAACUUCCAGGGCAAGACUUUCCCUACACUCGAGUUUCGAUCCGCCGAUGACUACCCCGAGACGAAGGAUGUCAAGCAUGGCGUCUGCAACGCCGAUUAUUGGGGUGCUAUCUACAUCAACAAGGGCUCUUCUGAUAAGCUUGCUGCUGCUUAUGAAGGUGGCUCUGCUGCCGAGAACUACAACCCUGCCGAUAGCAUCACCUACAUCUACAACAGCGCCCGAUAUCCUACUGUCGCUUCUGGAUACUUGGUUCCCAACUUGCAAAAGGUCAUUGGGGCUGCUCGAGGUAGCUACUACCAGUCCCAACAGGGUCGUUCCGCCCUGCGAAGUGUCAACAGUAGUGACCCAGCUGCCGUCGAAGCAUAUCUCAACCCCAUCCAAGGUACCGCCGACAUCAUCCAGCCCACCAACCAAGGAAGUCGAAACCUCUACAACACCAUCAACAUUGUAAUGGCAAUCCUUGGCCAGUUCUUCUACGUCCUCGCCAUGAACGGCAUAUACGACAAGUUCGGCCUUCACAAGAACAUGCGCAUCCGCGAUCUCUUCAUUAUGCGUUUCAUCAACGGCAUGAUAUUCUCUGCACUCUAUGCCUUGAUCGUCACGGGCUAUAUCUGGGCCUUCCGCGAAGACUGGGAUGUUUCUGGCGGACAGUUUGCCCUAUCCUGGUUGACCUUUUGGCUUUUCAUGGAUGUCAACUUCCAGGUACUAGAAACUCUCAUUGGAAGCUACAUCCCCAUGGCUCUCACGCCUUUCUUUCUCCUCACUUGGUUCAUGAUGAAUGUCGGCUCUGUCGUGUUCCCCUUUGAGCUUACAGCUGGAUUCUACCGCAUUGGUUACAUUUUCCCCGCUCACUCAUUAUGGAUUGUUCUCAUCCAGGUCUGGUCUGGAUGUGGCAACUCCCUUCACAUUGGACUUCCUAUUCUCUUUGCUUGGUGGGUUGUUGGACAUGUGACAGCGUUCUUCGGUAUCCGAAAGAGAUGCUUGGAUCAAUUGGAGAAUCUUAACACUGCAGAGGGCAAGCAACAAUAAAGGAAUCACUUGGCUGAGUGAGAGGACUUUUACUAAAAGUGUAUUUGUACGGAUUGGAUGACAUAGAUUUUUGAACAUACCCCUCGAUAGACUACAUACAUAAUGAUUAUUCCACACAAUUUAGACAGUCGCAUUUGUU